GUUAAAUUGUAUGUUUGGUCCAUUUCAUUCCAUGAGUUUCGUUGCGUUGUUAUAAAACGAGAAUUUUAUUGGAAGAAAAGACGAUUUUUAACCUUUUUCAAUUCCCAAAAGGAUCGAGAUAUCAUUCAUUAACAAUGCAGUUGACUGCAUCCACCGUAAAGAAGAUGAAAGUCGUAGAUCUUCGCAGUCAACUUGCGAAGCGUGGUCUCGACACGAAGGGUUUGAAACCUGCCCUCGUUGACCGGCUGACUGCCGCUUUAGAUGAAGAAAAGCAAGAGGCCCAAAUGGAGACGCAUUUGAAGAAUGAGCCAUUGCUAAGUACGGAAGAAGCUUCUUCGGAUGAUGCCACGCCUGUGGAGAGUAACGGCAUUGAGAAAAAACAGCAAUCCUUAGAAGAGGUUUCUGUUAAGCAAGAACCUGUUGGAAGGGAUGAACAAAGUCAACAAUCGAUGGAAGUUGAUGAUACUUCGGAUAAGCAAAUUGAAGAGAAACCGAGUGAGGCUCUCAUCAAGAAAGAAGAAACCGAGGACAUGGGGGAUGAUUCUGCGCCAGAAACGGUAGGAAUUACGAGUGAUUCUGUUAAAGAAAACAUUGCUGUCAAGGUGGAAACCAUGGAGGAAAAGGACUCCCUUGAGCUUGCUGAGAAUAUAAAAAUAAAGCAAGAGGAAGAAGAACCAGCGAGUUUAACGCAAACUAAAGAAAUGGAUAUUGCACAGACUGAGAAAUCUUUAGAUAUGACUGAAGAAGAAACUGGGAGGAUAAAAAAAGAGCCAGAUGAAAAACAGGCUAAACUGGACGGUGAGCAACAGGCUAAACAAGAAGGUGAAGAACAAGUUAAACUGGAUGUUGAGCAACAGGCUAAACAAGAAGGUGAAGAACAGGUUAAACUGGAUGGUGAGCAACAGGCUAAACAAGAAGGUGAAGAACAGGUUAAACUGGAUGGUGAGCAACAGGCUAAACUGGAAGGUGAAGAACAGGUUAAACUGGAUGUUAAAGAACACAAUGAACAGCAAGUGGGAGAGCAUGCUGAAAAAGUGAAAGAAGAGGUUAAAGAACAUGUUAAAGAGGACAAUGACGGACAUGUCAAACAAAUAAUUGAACAGCCAAUGGAAGAACAUGUUAAUAAGGAAGUGGAAGAAAAGGCUAAAGAACUCGUGGAGGAAAAUGCUGAAGAACCUUCGUCAAAGAAGGCCAAGAUGAUGGACUCCUUUAUGGAAGUUGAUGAAGAAAAGGAUGAGACGGAUGACUCUUCUGUUGUACUAAGCCGAUAUAUUUCUGAUCUGUUUGUGAAGAUUUCUCCAGACGGUUUGACUGCAAGCGUCCAAGAUGAUGGUUUUUCGUUUAUUUGGGCUGGAACCAAGAUGACAUGGGGAGCAAGGAAGGGUAAAGUUGGAUUCGAAUGCAAGGUUAUUAAAAAUGAAGAGAAUGAUUUGCCCGAUUCGGAAGUGCCGAAAAAUGGUGUACGCAUCGGAUGGUCUGCACCGCAGACUGGCUUGCAGUUAGGUGAAGAGGGUUUAUCUUAUGGCUUUGAGAAUACAGCAAAGUCAUGUAGUUCAAAUGAAUUCUCCGAGUAUGGAGCAAGCUAUACGCAAGGGGAUGUUAUUGGAUGUUACGUGGACUUGGAUAGCGAGGAGGCCAGCAUAAGUUACACAAAGAAUGGCGAAGAUCUUGGUGUGGCAUUCACUUUCUCGAAGGUGGACGUACCUGUGUUAUACCCACAUAUUCUGGUCAAGAAUACGGAAUGCAAGAUCAAUUGUGGUGCGCAGGAAGAGGCAUGGUUCCCUUGCAAGGAAGGAUACACUUGGAUAGAACAAAUGGAUAAGUGUGAUCUUGUUGAAGGACCACGUGGUCCAAAGGAAAAAAAGGAUUGCGAGGUGUUGAUGAUGGUUGGUCUGCCAGCUUCUGGAAAGACAACUUGGGUUAACAAGCAUGUCGAAGAAGAGAAAGAGAAGAAUUACAACAUCAUCGGUACCACGAGCGUGAUGGCAAAAAUGAGGGUAAACGGAGAGGAACGAAAGAGAUCAUCUGAAAACUACGACAAAUUGAUGGAAAAUGCCACGAGAUGUUUGAGAAGGAUAUUCGAGAUUGCUCCGAUAAAGAAACGGAAUUAUAUAUUGGAUCAGACAAAUGUGCAUCCCAAUGCUCAAAAGCGAAAAAUGGAAUCUUUUUCGGACUUCAAACGUGUUGCUAUUGUCGUUUGCCCCAAACCCGAGGAACUGGAGAAGAGAACGAAAGAUAAAAAGGACAAGAAAGGUUUUGAAGUUCCCGAUUUUGCCCUCAACGAUAUGAAAGCCAACUUCACUCUCCCCAGCGUGGGACUGCUGUUCAAUGAAGUCAAGUAUGAAGAAAAUGAAGAGGAAUCACAAAAGAUCGUGGUCAAGUACAGAAAACUUGCGCGAUCUUCUCACAAUCGUUACAACAAUCGCCGUAGGGACGAUUAUCAUCACAAAGGCGGCGGUGGACGGUAUCAUCCAUACAGGAGGGACAACGAUUUCUCUCCCCGCGGAGGGAGUCACCAUCGUGAUAGACAUCCCGGGGGGCGCGGAGACUCCAAUUACAGUCGACAACAUGGCGGCUCACACGACCGGCGUAGCAGCGGGCAUAAGUAUUCGAAUUACGGUCACAACAAAGGUGGGGGAAGUGGAGGCUACAACAAAAAUAGCGGUGGUAAUCGACAUAGUGGGAACCGUAAUAGCGGCGGCUAUCAAAAGAACUACAGUCCGUAUCAAAUGCAGCAAUCUCAGCAACGAUACGCUUCUGCAUACUCGCAAUCACCUCAAUACAGCUAUGCCCAACCACCAGUCUAUUCACCAUACGCCAAUCCUUACCAGCAGACCAGGCCCGCAUAUCCUGCAGCACCCGGCUACCAGCAACCACAACAAGCUUAUUAUUAUCAACAGCAAGCUUCAGCACAGGGCUAUUACCAACAACCCUAUGGUCAACAACCAUCUUACGGACAGUAUCAAGCUAGACGUUACUAGUGAAAAACCUUUACACCAUUUAUCUCAUGAUUAUCUACGAGAGGUAUCUUUCUCUGGAUCAUGUGUAAUAUAUUAUUUGUAAUUUCUUUAAUCUUUUGUGGAUGAAGCUUACUGCUAGUUUUAUUUGCACAGAGUCUGGCGUAUUUUAAGGAUCGUAUUUUCCAUCUAGCCAGAUUGUCAGCACGUCAUGAAUUUUCAAAGUGCACUGGUCGUUUGUCUCGAUCGUGUAUUCGAGUAAUGUCUUUUUAAACCAUUUGAAAAUUAUUCUUGAUGUGUACAUUACGAUUUAUAUAAAGACAGUAAUAUUAUUUCGUGAAAAGAUA